AUGCAAAAACAAACUCAACUUUCGCAGUUAAUUGUGUUGGGAUGUGGUUCCUCUGAUGGUGUACCUCGUGUAACAUGUUUAACGAAAAAAACUCAGACAGAUUAUUGUAAAGUUUGUCAUGAAGCUAAUCCAUUUAACAAAAGUCAAAAAUUAGGCAAUGAUGAACGUUCAAAAAAUUUUCGUCGUACCAUUAGUUUAUUAUUAAAAAUAACAAAUUCAAAUUCCAAAGAUCAAACUAAAUCACCAUUUUAUCAUAUUGUAAUUGAUGUUGGUAAAUUUUUUUACGCCAGUGCCAUGGAAUGGUUUCCUCAAUAUGAUAUAACUCAUUUGGAUUCGAUAAUUCUUUCACAUAAUCAUGCCGAUGCCUGUUUUGGCAUUGACGAUUUGCGAGAUUGGUCGAAACAUCUCGGACAAGACGGUACAAUGAUUCCUGUAUAUAUGCAUAAAAAAGAUGAGCAUAAAAUUACUGAACAAUUUCCUUACUUCGAAUCUUCAGUUCAGGAGGCAAAAGAAAAGGGAGGUGGUGGUGUGCCGGCAUUAGAAAAACGAGAACUCAUUGACGGAAAACCAAUAGAAAUUGUACCGAAUUUUUAUAUUCAAGCGUUCAUUGUUAAUCAUGGCCAAGUCGAUAGUUUAGGUUUCUCAUUCGAGGGACCAAAUCACGAGAAAAUUGUUUGGUGUAGUGAUGUUAAAUUCGUCCCAGAAAAGUCUUUAUCGUUUUUUGAAAAUUUGGAUAUGCUCUUUUUAGACUUGGUAUACGAUUUGAAUCAUAAACAACAUUCGUCACAUUUUAAUUAUGACGAUUCGAUCACAUUUAUUCGAAAACAUAAACCAAAACAAACUUAUUUUGUUGGUAUGAAUCAUACCGUUGACUACCGAACGAUGAAUGAAAAAUUAAAAAAAGAGUUUGAACAUGAUCAGAAUAUUAAAGCUGAACUUGCCUACGAUGGACUUGUUGUACAGUUUUAG